AUGUGGGGUGUAAUCUAUAAUAUUCUUCAUCGCACCCCCUUCAAGCAACUUCCUUUCUGUUGCUGCGCGCUUACAUUUACUCCGCUUGAAUAUCCGGUGUGCACAACUGAUGGGAGUAUUUUCGAUGUUAAUGUCAGUUACUGUAAGCCAUCACAAGUGAACAUAAUCCCGUAUAAUAAAUAUGGGUAACACCCCAUCACUGGAGCUCCCCUCAAUAUCAUUCCACUAACUUUCAACAAGAAUUCUGAAGGUUUGUCUUUGGAAGGUUUUUGUCGUCGCACACUCUCUCUCACUUUCACUGCAUUAAAGCACGUUGAGUUGCACCGGGAAUAAAAAAUGGUUUCACCCCAACUUUAUAGUGUGUGUUUGGAUUGUGGUUGGUCAAACUAGAGUUUGAAUAAAAGUGAUUUUAUAGAA